AUGCCCAGCAAGACCAAGUACAACCUGGUGGACGACGGGCACGACCUGCGGAUCCCGCUGCACAACGAGGACGCCUUCCAGCACGGCAUCUGCUUCGAGGCCAAGUACGUCGGGAGCCUGGACGUGCCUCGGCCCAACAGCAGAGUGGAGAUCGUGGCUGCCAUGCGCCGGAUCCGGUAUGAGUUCAAGGCCAAGAACAUCAAGAAGAAGAAAGUGAGCGUCAUGGUCUCAGUGGACGGGGUGAAAGUGAUUCUGAAGAAGAAGAAAAAGAAAAAGGAGUGGACGUGGGACGAGAGCAAGAUGCUGGUGAUGCAGGACCCCAUCUAUAGGAUCUUCUACGUCUCCCACGACUCCCAGGACCUGAAGAUCUUCAGCUACAUCGCUCGAGACGGCGCCAGCAACGUCUUCAGGUGCAACGUCUUCAAGUCCAAGAAGAAGAGCCAGGCGAUGCGGAUCGUGCGGACGGUGGGGCAGGCCUUCGAGGUGUGCCACAAGCUGAGCCUGCAGCACACGCAGCAGAGCGCGGACGGCCAGGAGGACGGGGACAGCGAGGGGCCCAGGGACGGGGACCCAGGCCGCCAGCUGACCGGGGCGGAGAGGGCCUCCCCAGCCACCGCGGAGGAGACGGACAUCGAUGCCGCAGAGGGCCCGCUGCCCGGCAGCGCCGGCCUGGACUGCAGCCGAGGGGUGACCGACCUGGACGCCGUGGGGAAGGAGGGCGGCUCCCACGCAGGCUCCCAGGUGGGCAGGGCGGCCCCUCGGGCGCUGCCCCCGGAGCCCGUGCCCUCCGCCUCGCCCCGGAUGCUGCUGCCCCCGCCCUGCGUGCCGGCCCCGGGCGCCGGGACGCCGCUGUCCUCACAGCACCAGCUGCAGCUCCUGCACCAGCUCCUCCAGCAGCAGCAGCAGCAGACGCAAGUGGCCGUGGCCCAGGUUCACCUGCUGAAGGACCAGCUGGCGGCGGAGGCGGCAGCGCGGCUGGAGGCGCAGGCCCGCGUGCACCAGCUGCUGCUGCAGAACAAGGACGCGCUGCAGCACGUAUCCCUGCUGGUCCGGCAGGUGCAGGAGCUGGAGCUGAAGCUGUCGGGACAGAACGCCAUGGGAUCGCAGGACAGCUUGCUGGAGAUCACCUUCCGCUCCGGAGCCCUGCCCGUGCUCUGCGACCCGACGACCCCCAAGCCGGAGGACCUGCCCUCGCCACCCCUGGGCGCCGGCCUGGGCCCGCCCGCGGGCAGCCCCUUCGGUAGGCACGACUGCCCCGUGAAGCUGGAGUGCUUCCGCUUCCCCGGGGCGCGGGGCCGGCCGCUGCUGGGCGGCCUGGAGCUGCUGCGGUUCCGGGAGUCAGGCAUCGCCUCUGAGUGCGAGUCCACCACGGACGAGAGCGAGGAGGAGCCGCCGCGCCUGAGGCACGUGCGGCCGCGCCAGGAGCUGGGCGACAGCCUGGAGGACGAGGUUGCCGUCACGUUUGAGAAUCUGAACGCGUCCCUCACGCCGAAGCUGCAGUCCAGCCGCUCUGUGCCCCACUUGGCCAGGCUGGGGGCUCCCUCCGCUAUAGCCCCGGGGUCUGUGGAGCCGGGCGGGCCGGGCCUCUGGGUGGGCAGCAGCCAGCACCUCAGGAACCUGGGCAGAGCUGUGGGGGCCAAGGUGAAUGACUUCCUGCGGAGGAGGGAGGCCUCGGGCCUGGGCAGCGUGGGCACCAUGGAGGUCAACAGGACAGCAGAGGCCCAGCUGGCCGGCGCGCCCAACGGGGAGGAUGACAGGCCGGCCCUGUCGGACGCCUUCCCUCGGCUGGACCCUCCACCCCCCAUAACUCGGAAGCGAACCCCCCGGGCCCUGAAGACCACGCAGGACAUGCUGAUCUCUUCACAGCCGGUCCUGAGCGACCUGGAGUGCGGGACGGAGCUGUCCCAUGGGCAGCCCCAGGACUCCCCUCCCACUGCCCAGCCUGUCCCAACGGACGCUCCACAGCUGGAGGCCAUGGCAGAAAUGGCCCUGCCCAACGGGGAGGUUCCCCUGUCGGUGCCCGACCUGCUCCACCAGGAGGGCCAAGAGGAGUCCAAGCUGAAGGCCCCCGAGGGCAGCAGGGCCCGCCCCCCGGGCCCCGUGGACAGGAGCAGCCUCCAGCUCAGCCUGAGCCCCAUGCGCCUGGCCGAGCUGCCACAGGACAGCAGCCCCCGCCCUGGGGCGCGGACCUGCAGCCUGGACGGCGAGGGGCCCCACCCGGACCUGCUGUCCUUCGAGUAG